AUGAAAAUAAGGCAAACACAUUGCCGAUUCUGCAUAUAAGACCCUCAGUUUUCCGAUUCUUGGCUGGACACAAGUGAACUAGUCAAGGCAUGAAAGAGAAAUAAAAUCCAAAGUCUGCCGAAGUUCCAGGUUGUUUAGUGAUGUCAUAGAGAGGUUACCUGCAUAUUCCAGGCAGAUACUGUAAUAAAUAGGAGACGGCUACAGUGAUCCAACUAAACCAACAGGGGAUUUUCAUCAACACUUUCCUGAUGUAAAUCAUGGUGCAGAUUAUUAAAGACAUGAAUGAAUUUAAAACAUUUUUGACAGCUGCUGGACAUAAACUCGCAGUGGUUGAAUUUUCUUCAACAUGGUGUGGUCCCUGCAAAAGGAUGUGCCCUAUUUUUCAUGAGCUAGCUGAAACUUGUCACAUCAGAAGAAUACCCACAUUUCAGAUGUUCAAGAAAAGCCAGAAGAUUUUUGAAUUUUGUGGAGCUGAUGCUAAAAUAUUGGAAGCCAAGAUUCAAGAAUUAAUGAGACAGGAAUCAGAAGAGGCUGGAGAGACUGAAGAGGUCUUUUGGAGAAAGGAGAAAUUUUUGAGUCUUGUUGAAUCACCCAGUGUAGGUGGCUACAUAUAGGAGUAACAUUAUGGUGCUAUUGGAGCAGUCUCUCAAAUGACUACUCCACCACUUACUAGCUGCGGAGAACUUAAACAAAUUUUAUAGCAGAGGGAAUAGCAGAAGUGGUGAGAAAUGGAUUUUUUAUACAUGUAAAUAAACUGGAAUUAGAUUUCCUGAAGGCUUGCAUAUGGGCCUGAGAGAAAGGAAGAGAAAUAAUACCUAAGAUUUUCCUGAGCACUUUGAAGGGUGGAGUUGCCAACCACUCUGACAGACAUGGCUGAGGGUGGAGCAGGUUUCUAAGGGAAGAUCAGGGUCCAGGUCUGGACAUGUAAAGUGUGAGGCAUCUGCUGGGCAUCCAAGUGUUGUCAGUGAAUAGGCUGUAGAAUGUACAUCUGCCAUGUAGGAGAAAGGCCUGAGUUGGGGAUAUAAUUUUUUUCUUUGAGAUGGAGUCUCGCUCUGUCACCCAGGCUGGAGUACAAUGGCACAAUUUCAGCUCACUGCAACCUCUGCUUCCCAGGUUCUAGCAAUUCUCCUGCCUCAGCUUCCCGAAUACGUAGGAUUCCAGGUGCAUGCCACCAUCGUUGGCUAAUUUUUAUAUUUUUAGUAGAGAUGGAGUUUCACCAUGUUGGUCAGGCUGGUGUUGAAACUCCUGAC